GAUUCAGCCAGAUAGCGGCAGCUAUAACAUCAUCAAUUUCGAUUUCUAACAACACACAACACGUGUCCGCAAGUCUAGCAGGCAGCCUCACUUGGAUUUGUGGAUUCAGUACAGUUUAACAAACGCAAGCAAACGGUUCAGCAAUAGCAGCAGCAACAGCAGCAGCAGCAGCAGCGGCGGCAACAGCAACAUCCCUGAGGAUUCCAACACCUAGUUCAAAAACAAAAAAAAAAAAAUGGCAGCAAAAAGAAUGGAUUUGAAUAAGCGCACUUUACUUGUGUUAAGCGGCAGCUCCAAUCUGCUAGGACAGGCGCUGGCUCAGCAGCUAAGCAGUCGCCUGGCCACGGGCUCGGUGGUGUUGCUGCUCGAUGAGCAGGAGACGCAGCUGAAGGCAUUGGCGCAGCUGCUGGGCAACGGGUUGCAGGUGUUGACGGGUCUGUUGGAUGCUCAGCAUAGCAAUGGUGUGCAGCUGCUGGACAAUUGCCUGCAGCAGUGUGCAGGACGCGAGUUCCAACGCGCCAUACUGGUGCACAACGAGGGCGAGGCAGCUACGCAGCUGCUCAUGGAGCCGCAGACGCCGGCGGAAUGGACCAACUAUGUGCAGCAGCAGUUGUAUGCGCCUGUGGCGCUCAAUCAAUGCUGGCUGCAGGCCAAGGCGCUCCAGGGUGUGGAGAAGCUUGUCAUCAAUGUGACGUCAUCGCUGCAGGUGCGUCCUCUCAUCUUCAACACGCUGCUGUGCUCGUGCAAGCGCGCCAGGGAUAUGUACUUCCGUGCCAUGGCAGCGGAGGAGCUGCGCCACAAUGUCCACGUGCUGAGCUAUGCUCCGGGCUUGCUGAAGACCCAUCAGGCGCUCUGCGAUCUCAACGGGAACACUGUAGAUCCCUUUGAGCUGCUGUCACUGUCGCCAGAGCAGCAGGCGCUGCCACGUGUGCAGCCGCUGCAAACGAUUCUGAAGCUUAUCAGCAUACUGGAGGAGAAAUCCUUUGUCUCCGGUCACGAUGUGGACUACUACGACACUUUUGUUUUAUGAGUAGCAACGCAGUCGUGGUUUGUGCCAAACACAUUCGACAAACUACUCAUGUGGUUGGCACUAGCACGCACUGCUGCAGACACUGAACUCCAAUUGGUUGACUCUUUUGAUUUGAUUACGAUAUUUAUGGACUUGAAUAAAACCUGGCUGCUGAUCCUUUGCGCUCUACUCACGGCAAACGUUACCAACGAAAGCGACAACAACAAAACAAACAAAA